AUGGUCGCCUGCGCGACCGGAGAAGUGCUGGAUCUGCAGGCGUUGCCGGAAGGGUGCAUAGCCAACAUCAUCUCAUUCACAACACCACGAGAUGCAUGCAGGCUGUCCUCGGUGUCCAAGAUUUUCAGGUCGGCCGCAGAAUGUGACACAGUCUGGGACAAGUUUCUUCCCACUGAUAUACGUACGAUCAUAUCCUGUUCUGUGUCUUCCUCUUCAGUUUCUUGGAUCAAAUCCAAGAAGGAGCUGUACCUUCGUCUCUGUGACAAUCCAAUCAUUCUCUUUGACAUCAUGAAGAGCUUUUCCCUGGACAAGGGGAGCGGGAAAAAAUGCUAUAUGAUAUCUGCCAGGGCCCUUCAGAUACUUGGGUCCCGUACUACUCAUUUUUGGAGAUGGAUUUCUCUACCCGACUCCAGAUUUGGGGAGGUGGCUGAGCUUGUCGAUUUUUUGUGGCUCGAAAUCACUGGGAAAAUUGCUACAUGGAUUCUGUCCCCAUCAACCCUAUAUAAAGCUUACCUUGUCUUCAAGUUAACUGAGCAAGCUUAUGGAUUUAGAGGACAACCUGUGAAGGUCAAAGUAAAAAAGUCUUAUAAGUUGAAUCCAACAACAGUGGGAAUAGAAGCCAAUGAGCAGUUUGUGGUUUUGGACCGAGAGAAAAAGAGACACUACUGGCAAUGCAUUUUGGGUAUGCAAGCGUGGCAGCCUCGAGAAAUCGAUGAAGCUCCAUAUCCAAAGCAAAGAAAGGAUGGCUGGUUGGAGAUUGAGCUGGGUGAAUUCUGUUAUGAAAGAGAUGAGGAGUUGCUAAAGAUGUCUUGCAAGGAAAAUAGUUGUGGUGCCUUCAAGGGUGGUCUCAUUGUUCAAGGGAUUGAGAUCAGACCCUAUUUUGGAGAAAGGCCGGAUCCAAGGCAAAAUUGGCGAUCUUCUUGGGCCAGAUCUUGGAACAAAAGGGCCCAAUCUUACUCUUAUUGGGUCCUAUAUUCCUCGUCUCUGACGUUCUUAAUAUUAGUUUUGCAAUUUGCAUUCCUCUUACCAAUGUGGGUGUGCUCAACCGAAGAUUCUACGAUGCAUUUGACAAAUUGA